AUGGCAGAAACACGAAAUACUCAACAAGAUGAAGACGGACCUCCUUAUCCGACAUACAGUGAGCGCAGAUUCGAGGAUAACAAGAGACCAUAUUUCUCAGCAGCUUUCGAACGUUUGAUAUGGCCGGUCCGAGGCGAGUUCCCGUCCGCCAUUUCGGUCAUGAGAGGGCCUCAGCAGAACAUUGGCACUCCGCAACCAUUAUUUAAUCCAGAGACUGGAGAGUGGCAUGAGAUUGCCUCGCAAUCGAUCACGGAUACAAGAGUCUCGUAUCUCGAAGCAUCCCUCGUGAACUUGGACUUUUGGGACCGUAAAUGGGAGCGAUUUCAUAUGGAACAUGCCGACCCAGCAUACGACGAAUGCGAGUUUGUUACCUAUGGCGAUCUCGACAACGACGUACGCCCUUUCGCAGAAGAACCUGAGCGGGAGGACGGCACGUGGAGUUGGGAUGAGCGCUCAGACACAGAAAUCCUUAUCCACUGUUGCGAUGAAGACCGCCCGCUAGGUAAACAAGGUCUCACGCUCGAAGUCCGCCCGUCACUUGGGAACGAUUUUGUCACGGUCAAGGACUACGUCGGCGCGGUGCACCCCUGGCUCAUGAGCAUGCAGGAUGAUAUUCUUGCUGCAAUGCGGGUAGCAGAGCCUGUAUACCCGGCAUCCACCGAGUGGAGGCUAAGCAAUUCUCGCUUUGAUGGCCCAAGGCAUCAAAUCAUAUCUCCCGAAGACUGGGAAUUGAUGAACCAGCCGUUACAACUUACAUGGUAA